AACAAUGGCAGUCACAUGGUAAACCUUGGUAAUAACGAUACAACGUUACUAAACACACACGCCAACAAACUCAUACAGCCAUUCAUUUACAGCUGUCAAAUAUUAACAAGAUAUUAAAACUUUAUAUUAUCUCACUUAAUCCCAAAGCAAACAAAUAAAACGAACAGUCAACUACCCUCCAAUAAUCUCUUUCAAAAAAAAAAAAACUACCCUCCAAUAAUCACCACCGCCAACGCACCAUUCCAUUUUCUCUCUCCUCCCCCUCUCUCUUCCCCUUCUCGUCUCUCUCACACGAACAUCACUCUCUUUACAGUUACUCACGACCACACUUCCACCUCUCCCUUUCUCUCUCCUCUUUCUCUCUCUAACUCAAGCUUCCAUUUCUAUGGCGGAAGAGAAGGAAUCUACGUCUGUUCCUCUCAGUCAAGAUGAUCCUGAAGAUCCUGCUAAAGCUCCUCUCACUUCCUCCAAUUCUUCGUCUCGCGAGGCUUGCUGUUAUGUCCUCCAGAGUUGGAUUUCUAAGAAGUUCAUGACUGGAUGUGUUGUGCUCUUCCCUGUUGCAGUCACCUUCUUCAUUACUUGGUGGUUUAUUCAGUUUGUAGAUGGUUUCUUCAGUCCUCUGUAUGAGAGCCUUGGGAUUGACAUAUUUGGACUAGGUUUCAUCACUUCGCUACUGUUUGUUUUUCUUAUUGGUGUUUUUGUUUCCUCUUGGAUGGGUGCCACUGUUUUCUGGCUUGGAGAAUGGCUGAUAAAAAAGAUGCCUUUUGUUAGGCAUAUAUAUUCUGCGUCUAAACAAAUUAGCUCUGCAAUUUCACCAGAUCAGAAUACUACUGCUUUUAAAGAGGUGGCAAUAAUUCGUCAUCCACGUGAAGGUGAAUAUGCCUUUGGCUUCAUCACAUCUUCUGUCACUCUGCAGAAAGAUGAUGGUGACGAAGAAUUGUGUAGCGUGUAUGUUCCAACCAACCAUCUUUAUAUUGGAGACAUCUUUCUGGUCAAUUCCAAGGAUGUUAUCAGACCAAAUCUUUCUAUUCGUGAAGGCAUAGAGAUAAUUGUAUCAGGGGGCAUGACGAUGCCACAAGUCAUAUCACCUGUAGAAAGAACACUGCGACAAAGUGACAGAAUUCCGAUGAAUAGAUUGUCAACAUAAUACUAGGGAUGAAGGAUGUUUGUUUUUACAAGUGUGAUAUCUGAUUAUCAAUGUGUGAAGAAAGCUAGCUUGCUUGCCGAUAAUACCACAAGAAAUUUGUUAUGCCCACAGCGAUUUCAUGAGUGAAUUCAAUGUGGAAAUUUCAGUAUUCCUUAAUUGUUGUAUUCAUUUGUGGUGUGUAUACCGUAGUUCUUGUAAUAGUGACCUCUGUACCCAGUAUAUAGGAAAUUUGUAAAGGUAAGGUUAUAGAUUUUGAUAAUAUCCACUAUCGAGUAGCUUUAAUCGAUUUCAUAUAAGUGUGUAUCCUAAAUUAUUCCACUAGAUAAUUUUUAUUCGUAAA